GCGUUCUUCAGUUAUGGGACUUGACGGGACAUGCAGGAGGAUGAACAAAAGAUCUGAUUGGCAGGAGUCAAUCUCGUAUGCAAGUGCGCUCUUCUCCUGCAGUUGGUUUGUGUUCAGAUUGACAAGUGAUUAUGGCACCACGGUUACAGUGUGGUGGAGGAAGAGAAUUUAGAGGAUGGAGAAGAAGGUGGAGGAGGAGGAAGAAGAAGAGGAGGAGGAAGAGGAGGAGGAGAUGGAGGAAGAGGAGGAGGAGGAGGAGAAAGAGGUGGAGGAGGAAUACAAGGAGGAAGAAGAGGAGGAGGAGGGGGACGAGGAGGAGGAGGAUGACGACGACGACGAGGAAGAAGAAGAAGAAGAGGAGGAGGAGGAGGAGGAGGAGGAGGAGGAGGAGGAGGAGGAGGAGGAAAAGGAGGAGGAGAAGGAGGACGAGGAUGUGGAGGAGGAGAAGGAGGACGACGACAAUCAGGAAAUGGAGGAAGAGGAGGAGGAGGAGACGAGGAGAGGAGAAGCGGAAGGAGGAAGACAUGAGAAGCGGAAGGAGGAGGAGGAGGGAGGGGUGAAGGAGGAGGAGGAGGAGGAGGGGGAGAAGGAGAAGGAGGUGGACAAAGGGAAGUUGGCUCACCUGGCAUGGGCGGGGGAUGGCGCCUGGGGUUGUGGUCGUCGACGUCGAAGUUUGGCAAUGGCAAAACCGAACUCCGGCGACAGCUCGGGGGCCAAGACGAGCGGGUGAGAUCGCUAGGGCGCCCAAUUUCGAA